CUCCCCUCAAGGAAGGUUCCUUGAUGUUGGUGAGGGGCUCUUGAUUUAGGGAAUUGGAUCUGUGCUCCAGUUCCCCGAAUUAAGCCUGAAUGCCUUCCACAUCCCCCCCCCCCAGGCGCUGUAUAAUCCUCCGGGUUUAGCGCUUCCCCCUUGAUUAUAAUAAUAAUAAUAAUUUCUUUAUUUCUACCUUUAGCAAUGUCACUGAAUCACUUAUACCUCGGAUGUAUUUUCAAAUAUAAACAAGUGUCCACUAGAAACGUACAAAUACAAAGAAAAAAUACAAGCUAGGUUAGAGUAUACUGGAAAAAAGAAAAUGGGUGUGACUGGCGGGUGGGGCUGAGGUAGAGUACUGAGGAAGCCGCUAGAAGCUGCUCUCACUCCCUGCCGUCAGGUUGUUGCUCCACCUUCACACACUUAGUCUUACUAUCAACCCUGCAUCAUGGUCCGCUGGCUGCCCCUGGAGUCUAACCCUGCGGUUAUGAACAAGUUUCUGGCAGGAUUGGGUGUUCCUGCAUCAUGGACUAUCCACGACGUGUAUGGACUGGAAGAAGAAAUGCUUAACAUGGUACCACAGCCUGUUUGUGCAGUAAUUCUUCUGUACCCCUUCAUUGAGAAGGCACCAGACCGUGAAGAUGUAGUGAAUGAGCACUUUAUAGCCUUGGUAGAAGUUGAAGGAAACCUUUAUGAGCUUGAUGGCCGGAGGAAGUUCCCAGUUAACCAUGGUCCCACAUCUGCAGACACACUUUUACAAGUAAGUUAA